AGAUUACGAAUCUGGAGGUGUAGGGGAGCACAGGCGGGAAGCCAGGUGAGAUGACGACGACCACAAGUCGAGGACACGUCGCGAGUUAGCGGGCUUCCCGCCAUCUACUCUCGGCGCCGCCAGAAUGACAGCUACGUGAAUUUGAAUUCAACAAUUAGCGUCUCUCGAAGUUAGAGUGGCACGUUCGAAUCAAUUGACAAGACGAGGCGUGUUUGUUUUUUUCGCGAGCCAAGGCGAAAUAUUUGUGACAUGUGAUAAUGCUGAUAAAGAGAAAUUGAUAUAAUCUCAUAUUUCCUUGCGAUCGACGAUAUAUCGAAGCAGAGGUGAAGAAGAGUAUGAUGCUAUUAGACGAAAAUUAAUUUAAUUGCUUGCCUUUUCUUUGAGAAGAAGGAUAUUUCUUUUAACGGAAAACAUGUGAAUUGGUGUAAUUUGUGCUUUAUGGAGAUUUAUAAUAUACUGAAGAGAAGAAAAGAGAGGAAAAGCGUGUGAAUGUUACGAAAAGAGAAUUGAUAUAAAAUCUGUGCCUCGCGCCUGAACCUAAUGAAGCGAAGGGCAUCGAAGUCGGCGAGACGUGAAGGGGAUACGUAAUAGAGGGGAAUCGGUGUUACUCGUGGCAUUGCGCCGGGGAUUAGUGUACGAGAGACUGGUAUGUCGAUUGUAAGCAGCAUAGGCUUAAGUUGAACGUGAAGGCCGUGAUUGUGCGACUGUGACGAGUGACGCUGACGCAUGUAUGGAUUGUACGAUAUCGUAAAACGAUAGAUUCAAAAGUGACUACUAGUUUUCAAAAUAAAUAGGGUAAAUGUAUUCACAUCAAAUAUAUCAUCGUUCGAUCAUUUGACAAACAGUGAAUAAAAUAUCCAAGACAGGGUGACAAUUUUGUUCAAUUUGUGCGAUAAAUUCAACUCUGAGAUAAUGUGAUUUUAUAUAAUCUUUCCUAAUGACAUUUUUCUAAGAUGAUUGGUGAAAGACUCAUAAUUAAUUCAAUUUUUUGUAGAAUACGGAUGGUGUAAUCCCGUAACUUCUCAAAAGCGAAUAGUGUCAAUUUUUUUCAUCUCCAGUUAAUUAUCGGAUAAAGUUACUUGGGAGAUAAUUGUUUCUCUGCCUUUUCCUGGAUUACGGGACUGUCUGUACUGCGGAUAGAAAGCUAAUGUUUGCUAACUGACGCCAAGAGAAACUGGACAUAACUGAGUCAUAACGGAUCUCGCUAGACUAGGAUUACGGAAGAUUGAAAGAAUCCUUCGUGAGAGAAUUCUCUGUUGCGUCGCAAACACGCAACAGUUAGGCGCUAUUGGCAGGUGCACUUGGAACAAGAAGCGCGCGAAAGAAGACGAGAAGAAGGCAAAGAGAAGGCCAAAGAGACGAAGAAGAAGAAGAGCCCAGAAAAUCGGCCGUCGAGAGUAGCGAGUAGCGCGCGUGUAGGGCCACCUACGGCGAUAAGGCGAGGCCCGGAAGACGUGGAGGGAACAACGUAUGUAUCGCGCGGGGCCGGUCGCGCGGACCGGACCCGCCGUCGCUCGUGAGAGACCGCGCGCUGACCCAGAUUUUGGCGGGUCGAACCGGCGCGAAGAGACUGCGACGGACUUUCUGAAAUGGGACACGGCGCAGCCUGGAGCUAAAUUAGCCGCGAUGUCCAAUAAGAGUAAGUCCCAGCCGCAGCAGCAGCAACAGCCGCAACACCAGCAGCAGCAGCAUCAUCCUUCGCACGUGAUCAAGCCAGUGGACCAACUGCCGCCGCGCUAUCAACCCCCGCCGCAGCCCACCAGCGGCAUCCUGAAGAAUCAUCUUCACUUCGCCAACGGAAUUACGUCGGCGCCGAAUUCGGCCCAGGCCGGCAACAGUCAAGGUCCGGGCGCGGCCUUGAACCAUCAUCAGAGCACGCAACCGCGCACGUUGCCGCCGCCAUCGUCGACCUUGCAGCAUCAUCCACACCAGCAACAGCAGCAUCAACCACAACAAUUGACGCAAUCACAACAGCAAGUACAGCAGCAGGCGCCGAAAGAUGCGCAGAGCAAGUACUCGCCGAGGAUAGAGCAUCAUCAUCAUCAUUCGCAACCGAGUAAUGCACUAAUUGCUGCUGCAUCGGUGGCAACGUCUAAAAACCAGCAGCAACAGCAGCCUCCAACCUAUUUCCAACAAAAUAAGCUUGGUCAAGGCUCGUAUUUGCCACCUAGUAGUCAAUACCCCGCGGUGAACAGUGGCCAGAGUGCGCCGAUUAGGCAGAGAAUCAGCGACGACGAAUUUCUGCGACUCGGUCCCGUGGAGAUGCUCAAGUUCGUACGAAAGACCGAGAGUGACAUCGCUAGGCUUGCUGCCGAGCAGAAUCGCCAGAUACAGAGUUUGUUGAACGAGCUGCGGGCGCUCAAGGAGGCCAACCAAAGACUGAACGACGAUAAUCAGGAGCUGCGAGAUCUGUGUUGCUUUUUAGACGACGAUCGGCAAAAGGGUCGUAAGCUAGCGAGAGAGUGGCAGAGGUUCGGCCGAUACACAGUGAGCGUUAUGCGACAAGAAGUCUCGGCCUACCAGAACAAGUUGCGUCAGCUGGAUAACAAACAGCAAGAGUUGAUUAAGGAUAAUCUGGAGCUCAAAGAGUUGUGCCUAUAUCUCGAUGAAGAACGCGGUGGCGGUCAAAGGGAUGAUGGCGAUGGAUCGAGUUCGAGCACAAACGCCGAAGAGACCGCGCUGCCGAGGCCAAGGCAUACUUCCACAUUUAACGACCAAACGAUGCAAUACGUAAAGAAUUUAGAGCAACGGGUGAAGCAGUUGGAGGAAGAUAAGAGUGUUCUCCAAGCCCGUGCGCAAGGUUGGGAAGUACCACCCGGUGAAGUUUGGGACAGUUCUGCGAGCCCGAACGACAAUACUCACGGCUUAGGAAGCCGACCGGAAGCCGUAGUGCGCGCUCUUCAGGUUCUUGAAGUCAGAGAACAACUGGAAAGAGAAGAAGGUCAUGAUGGAGAGAAAGCGCUAGUUAGAGAAAUGUGCAAUGUUGUCUGGCGGAAAUUGGAGGAGGGUCCGCAAGCAAGGCAUUAACAAUCCUACCGACAAGACGAUUAUCUGUUAACUUUCGAAUAUUACUAAUACAAAGCGAUAAGAUCUAACACACGUCUGAGACGUAACAUUAGUAUUAUAGUUAGUAAAGGAUAUUUUACAAAUAUUUUAUGUGUAGAUUUUUGUAUGUGUGUAUACAAUUAUCUCAGUAUGAGAAUACGAUAGUAUCUAUUAUAUUUAUACCAACGUAGCGUGUCGUUAGCUUGUUCAGAUUGACUGUUAACAAAAUAUUUUUAUUA